ACGCUAUCAGCUUCACUUUCGUCUUCCACCUCUUACUUUUCUGCGACUCCUGAUUGGACUGUGGGGCGACUGGGAAUGGGCAUAUUGAGCGGCGGAAAUGGGAGUAUAUGGGGGAUGGGUUCCUUCUAUUCUCGUGACGGGAAUAGCAGACAAAGAAGAAGAAGGGAACGAAGCAGCGGAAAUGGAGAAUCCAACGCCGCAGGCUCCGAUUCCGUUGAUGUCACUCGUGGCGCCGGCUACCGCUUCCCUGCUAAGCAAGCUAUCACUGCUGGGUCCCUCGCCGUCACCGGCGAUACCCUCGCCCAGCUCCGGGAUCGAUGGGUGAAGAACAAAGACGCUCUCCCUCAAUCUCCCCAGUUUCAGGAUGUCAUGGGAAUUCUACUUUCUGAGCAUGACUGGCUCCGAACCCUACGAAUGGCGUCAUAUGGGUUUCUUCUCUAUGGACCGGGUACUUUUGCCUGGUACAAGUAUCUUGACCAUUGCAUGCCGAAGCCAACAGUUCAGAAUGUAUUCACGAAGGUUUUACUCAACCAAGUAAUACUCGGUCCUUGUGUAAUUGCUGUUGUUUUUGCUUGGAAUAAUCUAUGGCUAGGGAAACUCUCGGAGCUUCCAAAUAAGUAUCGCAGAGAUGCCCUUCCCACACUAUUUUUUGGAUUUAGGUUCUGGAUCCCUGUCAGUGUCUUGAAUUUCUGGGUGGUUCCUCUUCAAGCUCGAGUUGCUUUCAUGUCAAUGGCCUCGAUCUUUUGGAACUUCUGGUUGUCUGCAACUAUGAGCAAGUAGUUUCGCUAAGAACAUUGUGUAGAAGCAGCUUACACCUUGACCAUCAGGAGAUUCUGGUCAAAGCAAUGCCUCGUACCAGGGCGAUCUUUACAAUGUGACGCCACUUUGGUACUAUAGGAAUUCAUUAUUUUAGGAUGAGUAGUUUUAUCUCCUUUUUCCAUUGGUUCCUGAUAUUGACGAGAAACCUCCAAUUCCUCUUCGCGAUGCUCUUGAGAAGAUGAAGUGGAUUAUAGAAGGCUGGUGAGCUCGAUCUCAUAGACUUCCUGCCCGUUCAAUGCGAUGAGGAUCAUAGUUUGUUGAUUGAUUACACUAAAAUGGAAUUGAAUAUAUACAGUUUUCAGCUGAAUCUUUUCAACUGUUGUGUUGUUUCCAUUGCAUGAUUCUGGUUUCUAUUAACCAUUUUAUAUGCUUUGAGACCCUUUAA